AUGGAGCAUGAUGAUGGCCUGCUCCUCAAUUUAGAUGCAGUGGCGCCAGCGCCGACACGCGCGAGUCACCGCGAUAAGAAGAGGCGCGGAAGAGACAGUACAAACCACCGUGGGCUGAAGCGAGCGCGCCCUAUGCCGCGUCAGCAGGAAAACGUGCUAGAUGGCGAAGCAGAUCAAGCGGCCCUUCGAAAGGCCCGCGCUAUGGCUGCGCAGCCGUCUGCGACCAAGUCGGGUCUGUAUAUUUCAUCGCUUUUUUCGCGUGAUGAAGCGAAUGCUGAUAAGCCCACGGAGCUUCCUUCGAUACCACGCGCCGCACCCACCAAUGCGCCCUCUGCCGAUGCAUCGUUCGAGCAGCUGGGCCUGGAGUAUAUCCUAGCGGCGCACCUUAGGGAGCGUAUGGACAUCCGAGACAAGCCGACCGAGAUUCAGCGUCUGGCUAUCCCGCCGCUUCUCUCGGCGCCUCCCAUGCCCCAGCGCGACGUGCUGAUCCAGGCCCAAACAGGCAGUGGUAAGACGCUGACGUAUCUGCUUCCGAUCGUGCAAUCGCUUUUGCCACUUUCGGAAGAGAGCUUUAUCGAUCGCAGUGUGGGCACACUGGCUAUUAUUCUCGCACCGACGCGUGAACUAGCUCGUCAGAUAUACCAGGUCCUCGAGCGACUCCUGACGCUCUCGCUCGCGUCGCCGGACGAACAGGCAGAAGGUGUGCCGCGCCGUCGUGCGCGCUGGAUUGUACCAGGCCUACUCACGGGCGGGAGCACGAAGAACCACGAAAAGCAGCGUCUGCGCAAGGGAUGUCCGAUCCUAGUGUCGACGCCCGGUCGCUUGCUGGACCACUUGCAGAACACGGCUAGUCUCGAUGUGGGCAAGUGCCGCUGGCUCGUACUGGAUGAAGCGGAUCGUAUCCUCGAGCUGGGCUUUGAGGAACAGCUCACGGGGAUAAUCAAGGCGCUCGAUGGACGUCGCCGCCUCGCCCUGUCUACGGCGCGCUCUGCGCUCGUUGAGAGCGGAGCCCUCUCAUCCGACGCACCGGAUGACCAAGUGACCGAUUCACUCGGCAUGGCAUGGUGGGCGUGGAGACGACGUGUGGUGCUGUGCUCCGCGACGCUCGACGAGCGCGUGCAGGCGUUCUCUGGCACGACGCUCUGUGAUCCCAUGCUCGUGCGUGUCGGCAUGAAGACAGAGGCGUCGGCUGCUGAGCCGACAUUCGCUGCACCGGCCCAACUGGCGCAGCACGCCGUGAUCGUGCCGCCCAAGCUGCGUUUCGUGUCGCUGCUCGCCCUCUUGCGCCAGAGUUUGCCGCGUGUCGCUGAUGCAGCGCAUCAGGGCGCCGCGCGCAUUAUGGUAUUUCUGACUUGCACAGACACGGUCGACUUUCACUGGCAUGCCAUCGGCGGGGCACGCCUGGGUGACCAAGAAGCCUCGAAGGAGGCUGCACUGGAGACGCCCCUCGCUCAGCAUAGCCAGCUGUUCCCGGGUGUGCCGAUUUAUCGGCUGCACGGUUCCAUGUCACAAAAAGACCGCAUUGCGUCCCUGCGUGCAUUCCACACACUCACAGAUGGCACAGAGGCACCGCCCGCCACACGCGGUGGUAUUCUGCUGUGCACCAGUGUCGCUGCUCGCGGCUUGGACUUGCCGCAUGUGAGCUGCGUCAUCCAGAUGGACGUGCCGACGGAAGAUGGCGUGGAAGAGUAUGUCCACCGCGUAGGACGAACGGCGCGUGUGGGACGCCAAGGCACCAGCUGGCUCAUGCUCAUGCCACACGAGCGGCCGUGGCUCGAUACACUCACGCGCCGCAUGGUCGUGGCCUCUCGGCCGGCCCAGGUGCCUUUGGUGGGAUACGAUACCGUGCUCUUUCAAGGCUUUGGCGGUGCUGCUCGCGAGUAUGAGUCGCGUGCCACUGACGUCCAGAUGGCCCUCGAACGAUGGGUUCUUGCGUCGCCAAGCCACGCUACACUCGCCCGCACAGCGUUCCUCGCACAUAUCCGGGCGUACGCAACGCACCCCGCCGCCGAGAAGGAUAUCUUCCACGUACAUCAGCUCCAUCUCGGGCACCUUGCCAAGGCCUUCGGCCUGCGCGAGGCGCCCCAGACCGUUCAGCGCACCGCCAAAAAGGAGCACGAGCGGCAGCAAAAACCGAAACUCGCUGCCGCUGCCGCCACAGGCACAGACGCCGCCUCCGAAUCGCGACGUCAGCGUAUGCUCGCGCAUCUUCCCACAGAGAGCAUGUAG